AUGUCUAUUAGGGAUUCUGUAGCCAAAUGGACAAAAAAUAUUCUUAAUAAGAAUUGGUCAACCACUCAAAAUAUAGAUAUUACAAAUUCCCAAAGAUUAACUUCAUUAUUUAAUUCUGUAUUUAAAAAUAAUAAUAGUAACAUUAAUGAGAAUGAUUCCUAUCAAAGAAUAUUAAACCCAGGAUAUCAUUUCGUAUAUCAUAACCCUAUUUCUAGUAAAUUGGGGCAAGAUGGAUAUGAUAAUUAUCAAGCUCCUCUUAAUCUUUCUGGUAAAGAAAUCUUCAAACGAAGAAUGUGGGUAGGUGGUGUCAUCGAAUAUAUUAAUCCUAUAAAAUUCGGAUCACAAGUGACUUGUACUGAAAAUAUUAAUUCAGUUAGAUAUCUUUCAAACCAAUGUUUUGUGAAUAUCAAUAGAAGAUUCCAUGAAGGUGGAAAUGAUUUACUUUUAGAAACAAGAACUUUAGUCUAUAGUAAUGACAACUACAUUCAGAAAGAAUUACCACCAUAUAAGAUAGAUCCAAGUUUAACAUCAAUUAAAGUUAAAUUAGAUUCGACCCAAAACUUCAGAUAUAGCUCACUAACCUAUAAUGCACACAAAAUCCAUUAUAAUCUUGAACAUUGCAAAUCAGAAGGAUUCCCUAACAUUUUAAUAUCUGGACCAUUUAUAAUAUCAUUACUUCUUGAAUGGUUUAGAAAUUGUCAUCCGAAAACAAAGAUCGAGAAAAUUCUGUAUAAAAAUAAGUUACCAAUUUUUGAAGAUAUUGCAAUAAAUUUCACUGAAAUUAAGACAAAUCAUAUAGAUGGUUUAGAUCAUGUCUUACUCCAAAUCAUGUCCACAGAAGGUGUAUUAGUGGAAGCAAAAAUUGUUUGUAAAAAAUUAGAGGACUAA